AUGACCACAACUCAUCUGUCUGCCUCCAAUACAGACAGCUAUGACUACCUCAUUGUUGGAGGCGGCACUGCAGGUUGUGUUAUUGCAAGUCGGCUCUCGGAGUAUUUGCCCCAUGCGAAAAUUUUGUUGAUAGAGGCUGGCCCAAGCGACUACAUGGACGAUCGUGUGCUUUACCUCAAGGACUGGCUUAACCUACUCGGUGGAGAGCUCGACUACGAUUACGGUACUAUCGAGCAGCCAAUGGGUAAUUCGUACAUCCGCCAUUCAAGAGCCAAAGUUCUUGGUGGCUGCUCAUCCCACAACACUCUAAUAUCAUUUAGGCCCUUCGAAUAUGACUGCAAGCUCUGGGAGUCUCUUGGCUGUGAUGGCUGGUCAUUCAAGACUUUCAUGCGAGUUCUUGACAAACUUCGCAAUACUGUUCAGCCAGUACACAGUCGACACAGAAACCAGCUCUGCAAGGACUGGGUCAAUUCCUGCAGCUCGGCCUUGGAUAUUCCAGUCAUCCAUGACUUCAACAAGGAGAUCAAACAACAGGGACAGCUAAGUCAAGGCGUCGGCUUCUUCUCAGUCAGUUACAAUCCAGAUGAUGGUCGAAGAUCAAGUGCAAGCGUCGCUUACCUCCACCCAAUAUUCCGUGGCGAUGAGAGGCGCCCAAAUCUCACCGUGCUCACAAAUGCAUGGGUCUCCAAGAUCAAUGUAUCAGGAGACAGAGUUAGUGGUCUCGAUGUGGUUUUGCAAGAUGGCUCAAACCUUAGCCUCAAAGCCAGAAAAGAAACCAUUCUCUGUGCAGGGGCUGUCGACACUCCACGACUCAUGCUUCUCUCAGGACUUGGCCCAAAAAAACAACUCAAAGACCUAGAAAUUCCGGUUGUCAGGGACAUUCCUGGUGUGGGCGAGAACCUGAUGGAUCACCCGGAAACGAUCAUCAUUUGGGAACUCAACAAACCCGUACCUGUCGACCAGACCACCAUGGAUUCUGAUGCCGGCAUUUUCCUCCGCCGGGAAGUUCCAGAUGCCGCAUCGACCGCGAACGCCUUCAAUCCUCAAGGCGUUCCUGACGGUCAAGUUGCGGACGUGAUGAUGCAUUGCUACCAAAUUCCCUUCUGCCUCAACACCACCCGCCUUGGAUAUGAUGAACCCAUAGAUGCCUUCUGCAUGACUCCUAAUAUCCCGCGUCCCCGCUCCAGAGGCCGCCUCUACCUCACCUCAAAUGAUCCCAGUGUAAAACCAGCCCUCGAUUUCCGCUACUUCACCGAUCGCGAAGGCUACGACGCCGCCACCUUCGUCUUUGGCAUCAAAGCUGCACGCAAAGUUGCCCAACAAGCCCCUUUCAAGGACUGGAUCAAGCGUGAGGUCGCUCCGGGCCAGAAAGUGCAGAGCGAUGAGGACAUCUCGGAGUAUGCACGGAGAGUGGCUCAUACGGUGUAUCAUCCGGCAGGAACGACGAAGAUGGGGAAUCUGGUAAAGGAUGAGUUGGCGGUGGUGGAUUCGCGAUUGAAGGUGAGGGGGUUGAAGGGCGUGAGGAUCGCUGAUGCGGGCGUCUUCCCGCUGAUGCCGACUAUUAACCCGAUGCUGACAGUGCUGGGAAUCGGCGAGAGGGCGGCAGAGAUAAUUGCAGAGGAGGCGGGCUGGAGGAGAGAGGAGAGGGCGAGGUUGUGA